AUUUCAGCCCCAACAAGUAGUUCAUAGUACAGUGCAGGCUCAAACUAACUUUGUUCAUACUGACACCAAAAAGAAUAUACAAAAUAUACAGAUUUCCGCUAUGGCGCAGCCGACAAUAAAUGCAGCAACACCAGUCGUGCAGGUGUUAAAUCAAAACUUUCAAAGUGGCAUGAUCUCGAAUAGUACUUCUCAGGCAGCUACGGCACAAGCCGGUAUUCCUUUUAAUUCCUUUAUAGCCCCAAACUUUACUAUAAAUAAUGGCCUAAUGCUUCAAAGAAGUGGCGGAUUUAAAUUAACUGUCGGAGAAGAUGGUCGUCUGGUACUGCAGCAUGACCCGACUAUUAAUUCAGAUUUACAAUCUCAGAUUAUUCUACAGAGUCUAUUGGGGGGAUUGGUUUUACAACCUUCCAUGGAUCAACAGACAGUGCAACAAACUGUCCAAACUAUUCAGCAACAAUCAGUGCAGACAAUACAACAACAGACUGUGCAAAGUCAAACGAUACAAACUGUUCAACAACAGACUGUUCAGCCGCAAACAGUACAGCAUACAAUACAAUCAUUGCAGCCUCAAAUACAGCAGCAGACUGUUCAACAAACUAUUCAACACCAGACUGUUAAUGCUCUGCAACAACCUAUGCAAAUAGUUCAGCCGCAACCCAUACAGAGCAUACACUCUCAAGUACAACCUAUUCAACCUAUCCAUACUAUGUCGCAGUCACAAGUACACAGUUUGCAGUCGCAGAUACAAGGCCAGAUACAAAGUCUUCUACAGCAGCAGAAUCACAUGGUACAUUCACAUGUACCUACCCAAAAUGUUCACUCACAGACUAUGCAAAGUGUCCAAAAUGUUCAGAGUGUCCAGCAAAACGUACAAAAUAUUCAACAGAAUGUACAGAGUGUACAACAAAACCUUCAAAGUGUGCAGCAAAAUGUGCGGAGCGUACAACCAAAUGUUCAGACUGUACAGCAAAAUAUUCAAAGUGUUCACCCACAGCCAACACAAUCUCCUGUACAGAAUAUCCAUAUAAAUCCAUCACAUACACAACCUGUUUUAAAGGUGCAACCUUUCCAAAAGUCACAACCUCCAGUACAAACUGUUCAACCUAUACAACAUCACAUUAGCCAUCAGCAACAGAGUCAACAACAGCAGCAGCAACAGCAACAACAGAACUUGAAUGAUAACCAACAAAAUCCAAGCAACCCACCUCCGGCUUCCUAUGUAGUUAAUUUGACACCCGAUCAAUUAGAGCAGCUAAAAAGAAAUGGUCAAUUGACUGUUAACGGCCAAACGAUUUUCAUGCAGCGUCCAAAUAAAGACCAGAUAGAAAAGAAAUUAUCGCCUAAAUCAAAAACUCUGAAGAAGGUUAAUAAAAUUCAGAGUAUAAAGAAUAUUCUACAGGAAACGGAUAAUGAGCCGGUCAAACCAAGCAAUAAUUUGGAGCCAGUCAAGGAAAACGUUAAUAAAUCUUUAGUUAGUGCCUUAAAUGCACCACCAAAACAAGUUCUACCUCAAAAUCACAUUCAGCCUCAACUCCUACAGCAAACCAAGCCUGUGCAACCGCAGGCGAUGGUCCAACCUUCAGUACAGGUGCAAGUGCAGCCCAAAACAACGGCAUCUGAAAGAUCGAAGCCUGUUGCCCCUUCACCAGCCAUUCCUCAAGUUCCUAAGCAGCAAAAGGUGGCACCUACUGUCAUAUCCCAGGAUUCUAAUGGUAGUAACACAAACCCUGACGUGGAUAAAAUCCUCGUCCAAAUACUCGAAGAAUCGAACAUGAACAACGUACCGAGCGGCACAAAUAUAACCCCUCCAACGACUCAACCCCAACAAAGAAUCACUACUAUUCAACUGACGCCACAGAAGCAGCAACACCUGCGCAAUAUUCAAAUGCAAAUACAGACGUUAUCUGCUAGAUCUACUCCCGCUGAUACGGAUAUACAGAAUACUUUGAAGAUGUUGUUUACCGAACAACAGAAGAUCUUGGCUUCUGGAAAACUGUUACCACCAGAAAAGGUAAGUGUUCAUUAUGUAUUUUUCUUUUCUUUCAUUUGA